AUGACCGCUAUGGUGGUACUGGAAAUCGUGACAGUGCUAUCGGAAGAGCCCGUCAAAGAUCAGCUGGCUGUCUUCCUAGGCCCAACCGUUGCAGCUACCUCUGAUGCCGAUGCGCGUGGUCAAGUCACCAAGUGUGUCAUCAACAGGCACAACGAUCGUCAGGGUAAUAUCAUCCAACAAUACACCACCGGCACAUGCAACAGCCAACCCUGCCAGUUUAUCGUCGGCUUUGGCAAUCCGGCCGCAAAUGGUGUGCAAUACUGUCAAGCGUACAGCGACCCUCACGGCCAAUGUAUCAAUAACCAGACUGCCCAAAUCUACAAAAACGGCGGUCCAGAUGUGCGGCCAGCAACGAAGAAGCGCUCUGAGCUUGAGCCUAUCGCACAGGCUGCGCUAUUCCGAAUGGCUAGUGGUAUGGAAGUGUUGUUGCCAAUCGACACUGUACUCAACAGCACCUGGGUCCACCCUACUCCUCGCAACAUGACUAUGAAAGCAUGGGUCGAGGAGAACGACGAGGAUGAAGACCACAUUGCCUGGGACUUUGUCGAGGACUUCGUCGCUACCAGGCUUGACUAA